AUGCCUUUGAAAACAUCGCUGACCUCGAGUUCGAAUUUGACGAUGAGAUUGGGCUCAACAUCACAUUUUUCUACGAUUCACUUCAAAUUUGCUGGACAUGAAAACGAAUGGGUGACGGUGCACAAUCAGAAGGUUGGAUGUGCUCUUAUCGGAAAUGAUAUUACCAACCAAUUAGCAUAUGUGCACGAAGUAGGAAAACCAAUCAAUUUUUUAGAUCGUCAAGAUGAACCUAAGCUCACCAAAUUUUUAAGGGAAUGUUCUUGA